AUGUCUGAACUCUUGAUUUUUCUCCUCCCAGCCCUCCUCAUUUUCCACGUGGCAGCCAACAAUUACACCCAAGAAGCGGCUGAAAAUCUCUAUUUGAAACUUCGAGCCGCAAACACCACUGAUGAUUUUCGUCAAAUUUAUCGCGAUCCUCAAAUUUCUGUACAUUGUGAGGUGAGAAUGAGACAUCUCACAGGCGAAGAUUUUGAAAAUUUUUUGUACAAGCAAUAUGCUGAGAAAGAAAGAAUGGCUGGUUUGGGAUUUGUUGAAACUGGAUAUAGAAUUUACAAAUUUAAACGAACAGUGAAUGAGAAUGGAUUUGUGUUUAGAGUCGCAGUUGAUUACUUCAGACCAUUGAAUAAUGGAACAUUGACAAUUGAAAAAUCAUAUAUUGCAUCGAAAAAGGAGGAUGGGUUGAAAAUUCGAAUGUCUUCUUCGGUUUGUGAAAAUGGGCUUUGA